CCGCGCGGCCCGGAAGCGCUCGCCGGGCCCGCCCCGCCCGGAGCACCGGCGGCGCUGCGGCCUCAGAUGCUGACUAAAAAUGAAUAAAGACAAGCAAACUGAUGAAGAUGAUGAUGACAGCGAGCUGUUUGAAGACUUCACGGAGCAUUUCAACCAACUUGAAUUGCUGGAGACACACAGGCAUUUGAUUCCUGUAGGAACUCAGAGCUGUUGGUCAGGACAGUCUGAUGAUGACGAUGAUGAGCAAGAAAGAACAGAGGAGUGGUACGAAAUGCAAGAAAAGAAAAUGGAAAAAAAUCCAGAGAAAUUGCUACUCUGGGCAGCUGAAAACAAUCGGCUGGGUACCGUGAAGAGGCUCCUGACAGAAAAGCUGGCUCCAGUGAAUGCUCGUGAUGAAGAUCAAUACACUCCUCUCCAUCGAGCUGCCUACAGCGGGCACUUGGACGUUGCACACGAGUUGGUGGCCCAAGGGGCUGACGUUCACGCGCAGACUGUGGACGGCUGGACACCCCUGCACAGCGCCUGCAAGUGGAACAACACCGGAGUGGCCGCCUUCCUGCUUCAGCAGGGUGCAGACAUCAACGCACAGACAAACGGCCUGCUGACACCCCUGCACAUUGCUGCAGGAAACAAAAACAGCAGGGAAACCCUUGAGCUCCUACUGAUGAAUCGCUAUGUGAAGCCAGACUUGAAAAACAACUUGGAUGAAACCGCCCUUGACAUUGCAAGGAGGACUGAUGUAUAUCACUACCUUUUUGAAAUAGUAGAAGACUGCAUAAAUGCUGUGUCCCCAUAAAAGCUUGUGAAUGUGAGGUUUUCUGCCUCUUUCUUGUUAGUGUUCUGCAUGCCCAUCGGUGGUGGUCUGUCUCUUUGCAGCGAGGUUUUAAUGUGAGAUCCUUCAGUAUUCUCCUCAGGCAAAGUGUCACUUCCUGCAGUGCUGCUCAGUGGUCACGCUCGUACUUCGAAGCGUUACUGAUGUUAGUCAAGCUAGUCAGAAAGUCUCAGUAAUUUCUGUGAGUUUCUGUUUAAUUAGUGCAGAUUUGGAGAGGCCUUUGUAAGUUGUCUGUAGUGUCAAAGCAGGAGGGAAAACUGGAAUAUUUACUUGAUGUGGAAUAAUUCUGGCUUGGUUAUGCAGAGUUUGCUACUGCUCACUUGAAAAUUAUUUUUUGAGAAAUUCUAACUUUUUUAAAACUGCAUGAAAGCUCAGAAUGAAUGUAACUUAUUCAGGUGAUACACAAAAUGUUUAAUGAACCUAAUGUAAGGCUUAUGAUAAAAUAAAAUAUUUAACCCAAA